AUGUAUUUAUUGGUUUAUGUUGAUGAUCUCAUUCUUACGGGAAAUAAUGAAUCUGUCAUUGCCACCUUUAUCUCUUGUAUGAAUCACGAAUUUGCCAUAAAAGAUCUUAGGGAACUAAAUUACUUCCUCGGUCUUGAAGUUGCUUACAUGGACAACGGUCUCUUCCUUUCACAUACAAAAUAUGCUCGUGACAUUCUCAUCCGUGCUGAGCUUUUGGACUCCAAACCUGUCAGUACACCUUUGGCUCUACAUGCAUCCUUCACAAUGGACGGCCUGCCCUAUUCUGAUCCUACUCUCUAUAGGUCGUUAGUUGGCGCCCUUCAGUACUUAACCAUAACUAGACCAGACUUAUCUUAUGCCGUUAAUCAAGUCUCUCAGUUCCUUCAUGCUCCAACCAUUGAUCAUUUCCAAGCUGUUAAGAGAAUACUUCGGUAUGUUAAAGGCACCAUUUCUUUUGGUCUAACUUAUAGCCGUCCUCAUAAAGCUUCUGUCGUAGGCUACUCUGAUGCUGAUUGGGCUCGUUGUCUUGAAACACGUCGCUCUACUUAUGGCUAUUCAAUGUUCCUUGGUGGAAAUCUUGUUUCCUGGAGUGCCAAGAAAUAG